UUAAAAUGUCUAAACUAUUUUCCGACAACGGUUGAAGAAUUUUUGUAAAUAUAGAUAUUGGAAAAUACUUCAAUUGAUGUUUUAAAAUUGUAUGCACAACUCAAAUCAAUUUGUGGCUGCAUAUUUGAAAAGAUUUUGAACUGUUUCUACCGGAAAAUAACGUUCACCAAUGGCUGAAAGUAUUGAUGUUGAAGAUGCCGGGAAUAAAGCGAUUAUUUUAGAUUCUCCUGCCGUAGAAAACAAGGAAAAUGUGAAUUUGGAAGAAGAAGAUUUUCAUAAUGCGAAAAUUGGACUCAAUCGUUCCAUGUCUUGUGGAAGCAUUUUACAAGGCAAUGGUAUGGGCAAGAAAUUGUCCAGAAGAGUCAGUUUUCCUUCUGAUGAUAAAUUGAUAUCUGGAUAUAAUGAACCGAAAAAUCCUUGGGAACAUGCUCAUGAGACAACAACAGAAGACUUGAUUCAAGCCUACACUCAAGCUUGUCAAACAUGGAACGUUCGUCCUAUCACCAAACUAUUACUUCAACUGCAGGAAAUCAGAGACUUUUCAGUGAGAGCAAAUUCCCUGACAUUAAAAGGUGAAAAGCUUGAAAUGCGAGUCGUUGAAACGUUGGAAUCAAUUUUCAAACGAGUGCAAUUCAUCACUAUUGAUCUGGAGGCAACAAAUCUGGAUGAGGAUGCCGGUGCGUCUCUAUUUGACAUGAUUGAAUAUUACGAAUCUGCUGUCAAUGUUCUUGUCGGUUUCAACAAAAAUCUUGGGAACAGAGGAUGGCAGGCUGCAGCACAUAUGAUGAGAAAGAUGUCCUGCCUUCGUCUUUUUGACGGUCACAGCGUCCCUCUUUCCAUCCAAGCGUCCCCGUUUGUUGGACGAGCUCUGAGAUUAAGCAAUACAUUGGUAACUUUACAUCUUGAGAAUGCAAUGCUGUCUGGGAGGCCAAUACUUCUGAUUGUGGCUGCACUCAGGAUGAAUACAACAUUGCGAGAACUAUUUCUAGCAGACAACAGGCUGACACCUCUUGACGCAUUGCAACUCGCCAACUUAUUGAAGUUUAACAGGAUUCUGCAGCUGCUGGACAUGAGGAAUAAUCCCAUACAGGACAUGGGACUUGGUCACCUCUGUGCAGGAUUGAUGGCACAAACAGGAUCUGCUGGGUUGAACGGGGCUAGUGGAGGCUUGCAGACGAUGGUUCUUUGGAAUAACCAGAUCUCACAAGAAGGAAUGUCGAAACUAGCAUUGGCUUUGCGCUACACUGUCAGUCUAUCAACACUAAAUCUUGGACAAAAUGUUCUUGGUGACGAUGGAAUUCUCCGUCUCAAAGAAGGAUUAUUACAAAACCACUCAUUACUGAGGCUUGGACUUGUAGGAACAAAAUUAACAGAUGAAGGUGCAGUAGCAAUAGCAGAAUACCUUGCAGAAUCUCCAAGGAUAAUUCGACUUGAUCUUCGAAACAACGACAUAAAAGUCGCUGGUCUGAUGGCUCUUUCACUUGCGUUCAAAAUCAACCAUUCUCUGCUGCGAUUGGAUAUUGAUAAACCUAACAAGAAAGAUGCGCUGAAAGAACUUGCUGCCAAGCAGGAAAGUUUGAUGAAUGACAUUGUCACAUACGCAAUGAGGAACAAGCAGGCUGCAUUAGAGAAAGCACAGGCCGCCCAGAUGCUGCAGGAACAAAUGAGAAAAGGUGAAACAGAACUGAGAUACAUGGACAUGACGAAUGCAUCGACAUCUACCUCUGACACCCCUUCAUCCACUAUCUCAGCCUCUUCAGCCACUAGUUCUACUGAGACAAGCGCAAAUAACAGCAAUAAUCAAAGCCCCAUCAUGAGGGUCAAAGGUCAAGAAGGUGCUGAACAAUCUUCAAAGCAAACUGUCACAACAUCCAAAUCAGGCAACACAACAGCAGAUGACUCUCCUGAGAAUUCACCAGAAUUUUUGCCGGCAAACAGCGUGUCAUACCACCAGGUCUCACCAGUCAUGCUCAGCAACUGCGAAAUGGCUAAGCGUGCUGCUGCAGCAAAACUCAAGCCUGUACCUGAACAGCAAGAGGGGACUCCUCCAACACCCCGAAAAUUUAUUACCACUGCCGUGACGAAACUUGUUGAUGAUGCUUUCAGUGGGGCUAAACUGACAUUAGCUGGACAACAUGAGCCUGCUGCUGAUUCUGAGGCUCAGGCUGCUGAAUCAGUUAAUUUGGAAACUGAUUCUGCAUCGAGCGGUGAACCUGAGGCUGCAGCCCCAGAAGCAAAUAAUCUGACUGAUUUCAGCAAGCCUGACACUACUGCUGCUGAACCAAGCCAGUCUCAGGAUAUCAGAACUGCUGAAAAUGAAAAAACAUUGGAUAGUUUUGCUGAAAACUUUACUAACUCAGUAAUGACAAGCGCAACCAAUCCUAUCAUAACCACUGAUACCAGUUUACCAACCCAAACCAAUUCAGAUACCAAUCAAAGUAUUCCUUUUAACCACGGUGCCGAAAAUGUCUCAGAUACCAAUCAAAAUCUGGUAACUGGCAUUGAUACCAAUGCAACUGGUGCAGAAAUGGUCUCAGGUGCCAAUCAAAAUUUGGUAUAUGGUAUUGAAACAAACCGACUAGAAAGCACAACUGGUGCAGAAAACAAGCCAACUGGUGCAGAAAUUGCCCUUGGUACCAAUCAAAUUAUGGUAUCUGGCAUUGUAACCAAUCCAACUGGUGCUCAAAUCAUGAACGGUGCUACCAAAACAACCCCACUGACCACCAAAGAGCUAAAUAAUAGCAAUAUAUUACCAAGUAACCUCAAACUGGACAUUGAGAACCAGUCCUUGUAUGAACCAGGUGCGGUAACUCCUCCCCAAGAAGGGGAUUCCCCAGAUAAAAACACAAAUUUUGUACAUAAGCCAGAGCAAAAUAACCUUGUUGUAAAUUCAAAAACGUCUGACGUACCCCAAGAAAUGUCUGCAAGCUUGGCCAGUGACAAUGAUAUAUCCAGUGGUUUGGGUACUGAAGAUAAUUCCAUUAUCAGCGAUGAUUUAUCUCCUAUGGUAGAUAAGACUUUUGCUGAUAAAGGAAGUGAACUUUUGACUCCUGAUUCUGGAAUGGUGCACUUUGAACAUUCGUCCAUAACUGAGCAGUAUAACUCCAAAGCUACUGCUGCUGAUAAAAUUGUUGAGCCUAAGCUUGAUGAGGAAGUCAGUAAGCCUGAUCUUGCUGCUGACAUUGCCUCACUUCGACUUGAUGAAGGCAGUCAGCCUGAUGCUGAAAUCAGCAAGCCUGAGCCUGGUACUGAGAUCAGUCAGUCUAACUUUGCAGCUAAUAACACCUCAAUUGCUGAAAUCGGCAAGUCUGGGCCUGCUGAUUUCGACAAGCCUGAGCCUACUGCUGAAAUCAGUCAGCCUGCUGAUAUUGAUAGCGAGCAACAAGAAGAUAACACCGAUAAUCAGCAUGAAAUCGUGAACUCCUUACAUGAACAAGAUCACGAGAUAUUGAGUAAAAAAUCUCAAAUUAUUGUUGAAAAAACUGAAAAUGGUGAAUUUAAUGAAAACUCGCCAGAUAUUGUACCAAAGUCUGAAAUUUCCGAAAACCAUUUUGAUGAGGACCCCUCGCCAUGUGAAGUUGAGGUUUCACAUUAUGACUUGAACGAGUUCCCUACUGAGUGAUGAAAUCAAAAUUCUGCAUAGAGCCAUGGGUGUCCAUAAAGCUUUAAAUUUGCAAAGGAAAUUUAUCGAUACCGUGUAUUGUUUUGGCCCUCACAGAUGUAUCAAAUGAAGUAAGAAUAAACAAUUACUGAUUAAAAAACGAGAAUAUCGA